CCAACCCGAAAGAUCCAUAAGAUGCAGUGGUAAACUCUCAGCUUCCAUAGGGAGGAGAAAAGGGGACUGGACUGCAUGAAAGUUAGGGCAAAACACCUGCAUUGGACAAGGGAGCAAGGGUCAAAUUCUAAGAUAGAUACAGAGGAAGAAAAAAAAAAUCACCUUCAGCAGAGCACCAGCUGGUCCCGAGCUUGAAAGCAGCAGAGAGGAGACAGAAGAGGUGCUGAGCAGCAAAAAGGAGCAGAGAAAAGUGACUGGAAUGAUAAGAUGAGGAGCAGGCCUGCUCUGUCCAAGCUGAUUCUUAAUGAGGCCCUCCUGGAGCUCGUGCUCGUGCUCUUGCUCGGGCUUCGCGUCCUGGCCGUGUGCCCCUCCAUGUGCUCCUGCAGCCGUAGCCACAGAGAGGUGGACUGUUUCCGGAAGAGCCUGAGAGAGCUCCCCGAUGGUUUGCAACAUAACAUCCUCUCCCUCAACCUGUCCCACAACCGGCCUCUCCAUCUGGAUGGCAGGCUUACCUCAUACACCCACCUCCGUGUCCUGGAUUUAUCCCACAACAGGCUGAGACGCCUGCCUGAAGCUCUGCCUCGGUCUCUCUGGGAGCUCCACGCCUCCUUCAACCACAUCCAGCUGUUGGACAAGAACGACACGGUCUACCAGUGGAACCUGCGGAUCCUCGACCUCUCCAACAACAAGCUAGAGAGAGUCAUCUUCAUUAAUAACACCCUGACUAAUCUACGCAUGCUCAAUCUCAGCCACAAUCACUUCUGGACCUUGCCAACAAACCUGCCUGCACAUCUGGAGACUGUAGAUCUGUCUCACAACCUGCUUGGAAAGGUGCUGCCGGGUUCUCUCGACCGACUCCCAAGGUUAUCUCACCUCUACCUGCAUGCUAACCGCUUCUCCUCACUACCUUUUGGAGUUUUGGACAAGAUGAUUUCCCUUAGAGUUAUAACUCUAGGAAACAAUCCGUGGGCCUGCCACCUUUAUGCUGAUGUUGACUAUUUACAGUCUUGGACUCAGAGCACCUCUGUGCUUGUCCUGGGCUGCCCCUGCCACACUCAGCCUGUGUGUGGAGGGACGCACACUAGCAGGACUGGAGGUUGGAACUUGGACUCCUUCAUCCUUCCUCCUCUGGAAGCCGGUACCUUAGAUCUGAGCUCCAUAUCGGCUGAAGAGAGCGUCACCCAGUGGUUCUGGUCUGUUCACGCUCUCCACAGCACGCCCCAAACCCGCAGAGAAGCUCUAAACACACCGCACCAUGCCUUCACAGAAAUGCCUAUCGGCAUUUCCACCUUAACAAUUAAUCACUUGGCUGGAACUGGCAGCCUGGAGACAAUAGAUCAUCUCAUCUCUGGCACAAAGGAAACUUCAGACUCACUCCACACAGCGGACUCAUCCCAUUUCUCUGACAAAAGUCUCAUUACUGACACAUCUAAAGGAAACGACGUGGAGCCGGCCUCCGAUCGAUUUUUUAUAACAGAGGCCUCCUCCACCCAAACAAAGAGGACAGCAACUCUCCGCACCAGGAGCGUGAGGAGACACAAUCAGUCGCCUUCUGGUGGCAUCAGAAACAGCAGCCCAGCUCUUGCUCCAGCCUGCUCCUUACUCUGGGUCUUUCACAACUUUAGGCUUCUGCCUCUCAUUUGGCCUCAUCUCUUUUGACAUAGGGCAUUAAGAGUUAAGGGAAAAAUGGAAAUUAAAUAAAAAAUGAAUAAAGCACAAGGGAGAUUACAAUGGAACCAUUGUUACAUCUAUAAGAGCCAUGUUUACAUUGAAAAGAUUUCUUAAAACCAUAUUUUUGACUACAUAUAGUUCAAAUUGGUGCCAUCAAAAUGGAUUUAAAGUAGAUGGAACCAGGUAGUUUAUCCCUCGCUUUUACUUCUACUCUUAUUCUUUGUCAUGUUAUUUCCGCAAGCUUUAAUGUGUCUUAUUAGGACUUCAGCAUACUGGGGGGAAAAAAAGCUCUGCUUAAAAGUGAAGUGAAAAAAGGAUGCGGUUUUCAUAUUUUCCUUGCAAGGAAAAUUUAAACUAGUUUUGCAUGCUUAUGAUUCAGCCCUCUUAAGUCAAAGCCUCACAGGGCCUACUUUCUUAUCAGCUGCAACUACAAGUGCUCUGCUGUAUGUCUCCACAUGCAUUGCAGAUCUAGAAAGCUUUUUUUUUAGCAGUAGUAUUGCUCAU